GCCCUCGAAGCACGUCGCACUUUUGUUCGCGCACUGACAAAGUGACAGUAAAAAGAUGACAGUCCUUUCUGUAAACAAAAGGCCUAACAACAUAGAUUGACACUUUUCGCUUCCUAACGAAGUAGCUUAUGCUAGGCGGGGCAUGUCUCAAGUUCAAACAAAGUGGCAUAUCAUUGUCGAUGAAUUAGACUGUGCAUUAUGUUCACAAGUUGUGGCAAUUUCCGGGGUCUGAAUUGCCCAUUUUACGCGCUGGGCAAUGGCGUUUGUCGCAGACCCUAUUGCCAUUUUCGACACAUCCGUAGCACUAGUCGAACAGAAACCGAGAGGCCUCAACCCAGCAGGCCCCCAGGAAGCAUCGACGAUGUCUACCCCCAGACAGCCGAUGUCAGUAAGUUUGUCGUGGCAACCCCAACCCCAGUUGCACCUCCGUCACCUGCUGUUCCUUCCACUACUACGCAAGAUGUCAUCCCAAAAGACGGUCCAGUACAGUACGUGCCUACUCCAAUCGCACAGAUCGCACUGGCAAGGAGACGUCACAAAAUGGCAUCCAGCAGGACCUCGCAGAAGGCCAAGACGUCGACGCCUACGUACGUCCCGACCCCACUCUCUCAGAUCGCGGUACAGCCAGAGAGUAACUUGUCCUCCCAGAAAUAUCAACUUACUGAUUCCUUGGUGAAUGAGGGGGAUGACUCUGAGUAUGAUCCCACAAGGACUAGCUACGCAGUGUCGAGUGAUGCCAAGUCAGAAAAAUACUCCCUGGAUUGCGGAGUUCCUGUAGGUGAAGAUGAAUAUGAUCCGUUGGGAAAUAAUAGCUUGCUCGCGUCGGGCAAACAAAAAGCUGCAAGCUCUGAAACUUCAGUUCAACGUGGUCAUUCGGGUGAUGCAUCUUUGGAAUUGCCCGAUUUGUUGGAAACGGAGGUAUCCCGGACGGAAGGGUCGUCGGGCAAGCAUUUGUGUAAUCAAAAACCCACCCAAGCUAGCACACAGGAAGAACUAGCAUUAAAACCAGCCACAGUUGAAGAGGAUGAUGGUCUAUAUGACUUUGACGAUUCCGAGAAAAAUGAUGAAAACGUUGAUGAGAUCGAUGAAUACGACCCUUUUCAUAACGAUGACAGUUUGUCUCCUCACGAUAGUGCAAAGUACACUCCGACAACAAAAUACUCCAUUGCCACCAUUCAUUCGGAGCAAGGAAAUGAAACCGAGUACGACCCUUGCUCAAAUUUUUCUUCCGGAGAGACCUUUGAGAAACAACAGAACUUGGAGAAAGGAUCGGAAUUUUCGUCAGAUAGCGACACGCUUGUCAUAGAUGAAAAGACCGAGAACAAACGGAAGACCUCGUCUUCGGAAGAGGAGCCAGUACGCAAGAAACAGAAAUGCGCAGGCGAUGACCAUAGCAGCGCUCUUGAAAAUGAAGGCAGCAUUGAUGAUGAAAAAGCCGGCGAUGCUUGGCUGGGUGAUCUAGCGCAGGAUAAUUUUCUGGUGGGUACCUGUGUGAACUUUGACCCACCGUCUGACUCUACAAGCAGCUUCAACCCAACCUACAGUUACAACCCCAGCAAAACCCACCAAGGACAGGACGGCUUGAACUCGGCCGAACAGGAGCUGAAUCCUGUGGAGUAUUUGACAAAACUCUCAAAAAGCACCGCGGAUGACGGUUGUACCAAGGAGAAACAAACACCCAAAACUUCAAAGGCAGUUUCAGAGAAGAAGACAACCCAAACACGAAAGACGGCAAAAGAAAUUAAAAAAGGAUCUUUGAAGACAAAGUCAGUGUGUGAUACAAAGGAGAAAAGUUCAACUAAAAAGAGCGUCGAUGCGUCCAAGCGUAAGGACGUGACUAAAGAGAAACAGAGUAGUGUGACUAAGAACGAGGAGAAACAUGAAAAUGAAAACAAGCAAACAAACGGAGCAAAAGGAGAGAUAACUGCAGAUGGUAAAAGUGGCAGUGAAGUGGAAAAAUCAGAGAAGUCAAGACCAUCAGUGUCUUCGGAUCAGCUGUCUUCAUUCUUCAAAAGGAUGAAUGAAAACAAAAGUCAAAAAGCAAAAGUUAACGCCAACAAGGACAGAAGCAAACAUACAACUAAACUCGCCAAGAAUGAGUCUGCCGUGGAAACAAAGAAGUCCGAAGUAGCUGGAUCCGAGAAAACCUCCCAAGAAUUGGCGAAAAAAAAUGAAAGUAAAAACCUGUCUAGCUCUGGUAGAAAACAAAAUGCCAGCAAUGAUCCCAAAUCUCAUAAUCUUCCUGAAAAAGGCAAGAUAAUCAUUAUUGAUAGCUCCAGCUCUUCAGAAGACAAUUUAGCAAAGACGUCAAAAAGCACAAUGACAAAUGGUGCACGGAAAGAGAGUGGGGUAAACCCACUUGAAAACAGAAAGAACCUCGCCGCUAAAAUCUCCAAAAGAAAGGCAUCAACGAAACUUCUUGGGGAAGACAGCGACAGCGACAGCUCGGAUGUGCAAAUUGUAAAAAGACAAAGUGAAGACGACAUUUUUUUGAUAAGUGACGGGUCUUCAGGUACUGAUGGAAAAGUAAAGAUGCACCAAUCCAAGCGUCACUCCACUGCCAAAGAAAGUACUUCAACCUUCACAGUCAAACAGAAUAAAAGCAAAGGUGCUGAUAAAAAUUUGUCUGGAAAUACUGGAUCUACCAGGACAGAUGACAGGAAAACAAGUGGAAAAACAAGUAAAGUAUCUUCCUCUCGGACACAACAUGGCCGAAAAUCGACUCAGAAAGAUCACUUUCGCCACGAUUCCAGUCAUCAGAGAACAAAUAGUAAAGAAAGUAAGACAGCAUCCUCACAGAAGCGAAAUUGUCCAAAAUCUUCGCAAGAGGACAAGUAUCACCACGAUUCCAGUCAUCGAAGCAUAGAAGGCAAACUAACAUCAGAUAAAGUCAGGGUUGGUGAUUCCAGUACAAGAAAUAGAACUAAACCGACGGUGAAAAAGCAAUUUUUACCAAGUCCUCCCAAAAGUCCUCAUUUUGACACGAGCGAUGAAGGAUUAAGCAACUUGGCUCUGGAUUUUGGACUUGAAAGUGUCUCAACUUCAGACUAUGAAGAUGCUGAACUGAGUGACGAGUACGACUUAAAUGACAUGGAGUUGAGCUUCUCCGAGUCGGACACCUUCGAAGAAUGUCUGAGAAUUUUCCAAGAGGAAAACGUAGAAGUACCAAUCAAGCAGCCACGUACGCCUCACCGAGAACCUGAACAGCCAAGAAGUGAAGACCUUGUUUUGUCAACAGUAAAACAAAGAGUUGCUCAUACAUCCAAACUCAACUCGUCUCAGGCAAAAUACAGGAAGUGUGCUCCGCAACCCAAAGCAAGGCUGACCCCGCUACAAGUGUGCCACAACCGCUAUUUGCAGGCCCAGCAACAUCUCCGCGAACAACAGGACAGACAAGACGAACGGAAACAACAAACGAGAGAAAUUCCUGCUGGAUAUACACCCACUAACAACGUCAGUAGAAGGGUAUCUCAUGUUCCGUCUUCGAGAUCAAGUCCUACUACGGGUAUUAAGUCGUCAGCAUCGUCGGUCAUGGGAAUAAAUGCCAAGAUACAGCAGAAGUAUUCCAUCGGGCACUCGGAAGGCGCUCGGAAGACAGUUGCUAUAACCGCACCGAAAGGAGAAAGAAGAUUAGCACACGUCCCUAAAAAGGUGAAUCCCCGGCCGGUUAUUCCACCCGACACGGCCGGCAAAGUUCCCUCCAACGUCCGCCAGCGAUAUCUCAACCUCUUCAUUGAUGAGUUCCUCAAGACCACGCAAUCAGAGCAAGAAGCUUUUGAUCAGGGUUUGAAGGAAGAAAAGGUUGUUUAUGAGAGAGCAACCUCCAAGAACAUCUACCUGAAUCUGUCCAUCAACACGCUGAAGAGACUGCGCACCGCCCGGGCACCCAGCGAGCCGAAGCUGACGUCCUCACCUCCCAGCAAGGCGAGCAUAUCACACGAGGCGGUCAUCGGCGGCAAACCUGCGACUCAGCACACCUACACGCUGAAUCGCUCAUUAAACAGCAGACUGGCAUUACAGGACGAUGCCAAGUAUGAAGGUGCCUUUUUGUACAAGAAACUGAAGCCGUACCUACUCACUGAGGAGCAAUUGGUCGACAACAAAUACCCCCGUCCAUCGGACACUCCAGGCCUUGCGACCGUCAAGGAGGGCGACACCAAGAGACAUACCUCAGCCGAUCCUAACCAGCACAUAUGCAGUCGAUGUGGUAAGACGUUCCUGCGACGUCCAGAUGGGCACUACAUCACGCGGGAGAGUUGCACCUACCACUGGGGGAAGUUCUGGCACAACAAAGUUGGUGGUUCAAUUGAAGGUCGCUUCAACUGUUGCUCUGGCACAUCGGAUGCCAAAGGCUGCUGCAUUGCUAAGUACCACGUAACGGAUGACAAAACCAGCAACUUGACAGGAUUCAUGAAGACAGUGGCCAAGUCGCCCCCAGCAGACGGUAACCCAGGGAUCUAUGCUAUAGACUGUGAAAUGUGUUACACUGUCAAAGCGCUGGAGUUAACCCGAGUGACGGUCAUUGAUGAUAAACUCCAGUGUGUGUAUGACGCCUUGGUUAAGCCUAGCGCUGAUAUUGUGGACUACAACACCAGAUUCAGUGGCAUUACAGAAGAGGAUCUGAAGUCGGCGACGACAACCUUGCAAGACGUCCAAGCAGUCCUACUGAGCAUGGUCAGUAGCGACACUAUCCUGAUUGGUCACAGCCUGGAGAGCGACAUGCUCGCGCUCAAGAUGAUUCACAGCACAGUCGUAGACACCGCGGUGCUGUUUCCGCACAGACGUGGCUUGCCGUUCAAGCGAGCUCUCCGGACGCUGAUGGCCGAGUGUCUGAACAGAAUUAUCCAGAAUGACGUCGGUGGACACGAUAGUAAAGAAGAUGCCAAGAGUUGCAUGGAGCUCAUGAUCUGGAGAGCCAAGCAAGACGCCAAGACAAAGAAAAGCUUAUUAUAGUCUUCAUCUCGUAGAGGAUGUUGCAUUAUCAUUACUGUUUUAGCCAGUGUUGUAGUCGAAUCCAUCACAAGUACAUCACCAGUCUGGUCACAAAUAAUAAUAAUAAUACUGAAGACUUAUAUAGCGCACAUACUACC